ACGAUGAGUGCAGCAGAUAUUGCUCGAACAGUAGUCGGCAUCAUAGGAAACAUCAUCUCGGCCUUCAUGUUCUUGUCCCCACUGCCAACUUUUAUUGGAAUAUGCAAGAAAGGAUCAGUGGAGCAGUACUCAGCAGCACCAUACCUAGCGACGCUCGUGAACUGCAUGGUUUGGACCCUUUAUGGUCUACCCAUUGUGCACCCACACAGCCUGCUGGUGGUAACCAUCAAUGGCUCAGGGUGCGUCAUUGAGAUCAUCUAUGUGACCCUUUUCUUGAUCUACUCUCACCGCAGCAAGAGGCUCAAGAUCCUCCUCUGGCUCGUUGUGGAACUCAUUUUCAUCGCAGCUCUCACCGUUAUUACAUUAACUAUGGCCCACACCGUCAAGGAACGCUCUUCCAUUGUUGGAACCACAUGCAUUCUCUUCAACAUUAUGAUGUAUGCUUCACCCUUAGCUGUCAUGACAGCAUCUGUUCACCACAAUUGGACCUUUUCCCGGUGGUUUUUCAACUCCGAACAGACCCAGAAAGAACCGCGCUCACCGGACGACGUUCCUCCAGAAAUUUCAGACCGGACGGCCACCGCACGCGCCCACACGCGUCGCCCCUUCAACCGCGAGUGA